UCUGAAAUCCAAACCCAAUGCAGUCAUAAUGUCUCCUCCCAUUCGCAAGGCGUAUAAAGACCUACCCCAGGUAGUUGUGCCAGGAGAUGCAGAAGGUUCCUGAGAUGGGAACAAUGUUCCUGAGAAGGUUUCUGUGCUGGGUUUCCAUUCUGGGUCUCAUCGGUGGUGUGGCCGCCAAGCCGCAGUAUGCAUUCUCUGUCCCCUUUGUGCUGACCCCAGGAGAGAACACUAUAGCAUGCAUGAACUUUCUGGACCUUGACGAACCCUUGCACCUCCAUGUUUAUUUGGCAAUUAAUGGAACAAACCACACUGUGUUUACUGAUGAAAUCCCGGCCAGAGACACCUUCCGGUGCAAAGAAUUCCAGGUGCCUGAUGUGGAGAUUAAUGAAUAUUCUGAGCCUCCUGUCAUUACAAUGGUGGCUACAGGCCAAGAGCUUGUCAUUGUGAAACAUCGGACCGUGGCCUUCAACAGGAACAAUAACAUUUACCUUGUACAACUGGACACACCCAUACACAGGCCUGGGCACAAAGGUACAUGGCUUCUAAUUAUGAUAGAGACAGUAAAACAAUAA